UUGUUCUUGGAGUAUUCUUGAGUGUUCUCUCUGUCAGUCAUGGGGGAGAUAUGCGUGCAGUGUGGCGACAGAGGAUUCACUAAUGCCUUUGUGUACUGUGUCAAAUGUCUCCGUUAUGCUGUGCACCGCUACUGUCUGGAUGUAAUACCAAAGACUUUCGAUGAAUACGUCCGUUGGCUUUGCGAUGAUUGCGAAACAGCGGAAAAAAACCGCGACAAUAAUUCCAUCACAUCCAAGAACAGAGCUACAGUUUUGAAGAAUGUUCAAGAAAUCUCCGAAAAUGGAAAAAGGAAAAAAGAUUCCUUAUCAGUUCACACAGAGGAGCAACCGAUAAAGGCCAAAUCCAAUCCAAGGAAAAAGAGAUGUGUUCAAAAAACAACCCUACGCGAUUCCACUACGCUACUUUCUAAAACAACCGAAGAAAACGAAACAAGUGUACAAGAAAUAAACGAGCGUAUCAAAAUCGAAGAAUCGGAAGACAAAGAACAGGGUUUUCGAGAAAAUUUAAGCGUCUCAUCAGCUGAGCCAGUUUUGAGGCCAAUAUGGAAGGGAUGUUUCUCGAUUUGGGAUGAAAAACACGACAUCGAUGGGAUUACAGCUCACACGUCCGUCAAAGCAUGCGAAAAAGUACACGAGGAGGCAACUCAUUUUCAAGAAUCGCUCCAUUUUAAAAUGCUUCCGAAAUUCGAUAUUUGGCCCAAACGUUUCGUGGAUGCAGAACCGAGCGAUGAUAGUAUCGCACUCUAUUUCUUUCCAUCCGAGAGUGGCGAUACAAAAUUCGACAAGUUAGUGGCGAAAAUGAUGCGUGAAGAACUUGCAUUGCAAGCCUUUGUGAAGAAUGCGGAGCUUUUGGUUUUCACUUCGACGGAAUUGCCAGUUUUGCACCAGAGUAAGUUUCGAGUCCAAUUCGUCAAACUUGCUAUACAUAUUUUUCAAAUUUAUUUUUUGCGAGAAAAAAUAUAAAUAAAUAAACGAACUUUUUGCGGUGCAGGAUUUCAAGGCAAGUAUUAUCUAUGGGGAGUAUUUAGGGCUAAGCAGCGUAGCGAAUCACAUACGACGAAUUGAUAUGUUCUAGAAGUUUCUAGAAACUUUGUUCCGUUUCGGCUCGAUUUCUAACAUGGAAUGUGGUUGAUAUAUAUAAACCAUAAUGGUUAUUCAACCUUGAAGAAACAUAAUAGAGUAGUUGUUAACAAAUUGAUCAUUGUAGUUUGCAAAUGGGGUGUUGGUGAAACAAAAAUAUAAUUUGAUGGGGUAAUUUUUUAUUUCUUAAAAGUUAGCUGCUCAUUUUAGUAAUUAGAACAAAUAUUAGGUAGCAUAGCUGUCAGCAAUUUUGUUUUCAUUAUAAUUUUAGCUUAUUCA